AUGGCAACCAUGCCAUUUGUCAGCGAGGGGAAAUGCGUGAGUGUGGAGUGGGAUUUCCUACAAGGACUACUGGCCAAGCCUCCCACCCUGCCCUGCCUCCAGAACCUGCGUAAAGAAAAAUCUCGCAAUGCCGCCCGUUCUCGGCGGGGGAAGGAGAAUUUCGAGUUCUUCGAGCUGGCCAAGAUGCUGCCGCUGCCCGGGGCCAUCACGAGCCAGCUGGACAAGGCUUCGGUCAUCCGGCUGACCAUCAGCUACCUGCACAUGCGCACCUUCGCCAGCCAAGGGGACCCACCCUGGAGCCCUCUGCUGGAGGGAGACAGCAACUGCAGCAAAGUUAGACGAUCAACUCAUUCUCUGGCCACUGACAUGUUUGAGCAGCACUUAGGGGCGCACCUCCUGCAGUCUCUAGAUGGCUUUGUGUUUGUGGUCAGUCAGGAGGGACGCUUCCUCUACAUCUCAGAGACAGUUUCUAUCUACCUGGGACUCUCACAGGUGGAGCUGACCGGCAGCAGCGUGUUUGACUACAUCCACCCAGCGGACCACGUCGAGAUGGCCGAGCGGCUGGGAAUCAGACCGCAUCUGCGGGCGGAAGCAGGCUGCCACACGGCCCCCGAGAGCGCCUCCAGCUCCGCGUCCACCUCGUCCCUGGCCGGUACUCCCGAACCCGCUCCAUCUAGUCCUCAUUCUCCUGCAGACGAGCCUCCCGACCGUGGCUUCUUCAUCCGCAUGAAGUCCACGCUCACCAAAAGAGGCCUGCAUGUCAAGUCUUCUGGAUACAAGGUAAUCCACGUGACGGGACGAAUCCGCUGCCGCCCUGCGCUUGUUCCGGGCUCCACGCGCUCAGUCCGUCGACCGAUGGGUCUGGUCGCGCUGGCGCACACACUGCCGCCCUCCACACUUAAUGAAGUCCGCAUGGAGAGCCACAUGUUUGUCUUCCGAGUGAACAUGGACCUACAGGUCACGUACUGUGAGAACAGGAUCUCAGAGUAUAUGGAUCUGACCCCUGCAGAGGUGGUGGGACAUACCUGUUACCAUUUCAUCCAUGUAGAAGACCUGGAAAAUCUGCGGCAGAGCCACGAGGACUUGUUGAGGAAAGGACAGGUAGUGACGGGUUACUAUCGUUGGCUGCAGAGGAGAGGAGGCUACCUGUGGAUCCAGUCCACCGCGACCGUCUCCAUCAACCACAAAGCCCCCCACGAACGCAACGUCAUCUGGGUGAACUACGUCCUGAGUCGAACAGAGCUGCCCGACACUCCCCUGGAUCUGCUGCAGCUACCGGAGAGCAUAAGGGCAGAGCGACUUCGAGUCAGCUCGUCCCCCGCCGACAGCUCCCCGCAGGCCCGAGGCUCGCAGCCGGUGAAGGGCUCAGUGGGGAAGAGUGACCCCGACACUAAAGGCAGAGAGAAAUUCACCGCCGCUGCCAUCCAAUCAGAGGACAGGAGGAAGCGCCUGCUGAGGUCCGACCCUGAGGGCGCGCCCCCCGAAACCCGCCGCCGACUGGAGGAGCUCCGUCACGCCGAGGAGAGCGUGUCGGCCUCCUCGGACCUGGCGAGCGAAAGCGAUGGGGAGGAGGAGGACGAGACGGAGUGGGACCAGGGGGGAGACAGCGACAGAUUGAAACAGGAGGACAGUGGGGGAGGAGGAGGAGGUAAACAGAGCCGAGGAGGAGACACCCCGACCAGAGGGGAGAGGGGCGGAAGGGUGCACAACGGCCGGGCUGUGAUCCAGCAGCUGAAGAGCGUCGUGACCCCGUCUCCACUGCCUGGCAGCCCGAGCAUCAAGACUGAGCACGAAGCCCUGACCACCGGGGGGCGCUGGGGGUCGCACACGCAGACCUCCGCCUCGCACACACACAACACCCAGCCCUCACACGCGCACACACCUUCCAGCAGCCUCAACGGCGACAGCCCCACCACCCCGAUCCCCGACUCCUCUUCCAGCAGCGAAGCCCCACCAAAGGGCUUGUUCACGCCCCCUUCCCCAGCUUUGUCCCCCGCCAUGUCCGUGUCCUCCCCGCUGCCCCGCGAGGACAGGGUUGUGUCGGGGGUGGUGAGUCGGAGCAGCGGCGGCAGCGGCGGCGCAGGUAACGGUCCUGACUUUGAGCUGCUCCAGAGACUGGCUGCAGGCGGUGCAGCGGGGCGGGUCCUCUUCCACCCCCUUGCCCUCGGCCCGCAGGGCCCUCAAAGCCUCUACGCCCCGAGCACUAUCCGCUACGCUCCACCUGAGCUGCCCCCCUCCCACCACCACAGCGCGGGACACAGUGAUGGCCUGCAGCUACGCUCGGACCACCACAAGGGACCCCCACCGGCCUUCUUCCCCCACCUACAGCGGCUGGCCGGCCUGCCACCCUUCAGUGGUUUCUCCCCAUCUGACAGCCCUUUCUCCUCCGGCCUGCCCUUCUGUAUGAAUGGACUGAGGGGGGCUGCAGGCACAGAGGAGGACUGA